AUGUACGAGGCAGUAGAGGAGCGAGAAGCUCGCGAGACGGAGGCGGACACAGCUGUAAGAAGUGCUUCCCAGGAGAAAAAGGAACAGUCCGUACACGCUGGCCAAACUGAUGUUGUAUCCGAACCACAGGAUUGCUGCGACCCGCCUCCUCUGCCUUGUGCCUCCAUCCCCGAUGCUCUCGCGGAUAUAGAGGAACAGCAGCUAGGCCUAACGGACGCAACAUCUUUAGGGACAAAGAACCAAACAAAUGAAAGUGAAGUUCCCAGAAGAAAGCCGAAAAGAAGGGCUCUCAUAUGGAGCGCUGCAUUCGUGGCUGUGUUGCUGGCAGUGCUCACUAUUGCCAGCCGACGAGCCCUUAAGAAGACGGCCCAACUCAAAGGCCCGCUCCUAACGUCAAACCCUGAAGAGGUAAAAAUGUUCGAAGAGGCCCUGCAGGAUCAGGUUGAAGGUUUCAAGCGGCUAUGGGAAACAGCUUCUCCCGCCACGAGGCAAUCAUUUCACGCUCAUUACACUCCCAAAGUGCAGGGGUCGUCUCCAACCACAAGCCCUUUGAAUUUAUUUGAGCGCCAAGUGUCUUGGCUGCUUCAAAAGAACCGACCAGGCAAGCGGGCGACACCAGAACAACAAGGGCAGUACGCGCAGAUGCUACAAAUUGCGUGGGUGGUCAUAAAAGCAGCGGAGGCUCGUCUUGUGUGUCUAAAGCAGCUUGAAGAAUUCUUGGCGAAGGCGCAUAGGAGCGACGAAAGCCGCCUCAGUGUACGAAAUCCAUUUUUCCCUGGAGGAACCUGGACAACUUCGGGCGGCGGGCUCUUGAGUUUCAGGGGCUUCAUGAAUCUGCUUGAACCAGAAAAGGCAGCCAGUGCAGGUUGCGGAGAAGCGUCUGCUACGGAUGAAGCAGUACCGAAGGCGCUGGCUCACUCUCUGGCAAACUCAAUCCAAAUGCAUGAGCUCCAGUUGGAGAUGGAUGCAAAAGUGCAUCAAGUUUUUCACGAGCUCUUACUUAUCACGGGCACAGCAUUGCCGUGCGGUCCCCAGAGGCCCAUUGAGGAGCUUGCCAAGACCGGUGCGCUCUUUUCAGAGCAGCGGAGGCCUUUCUUCCCUGUUUCUUUCUUCGCAUCUUUGCUUUCGAGCUUCAGCCGGAUACACAAGGCACAAGAAAUCCCAGAAGAAAUCAUUUCCACCUGGAUGUACCAGUGGACAUAUGAGGGAGUUACACAAAGACUGACAGAAUUAGAAGACCUCAUACGCGAGAAUGCUUCAGCUACUGCUUCGGUCAAAAAAACACUUGUGAAUCGCUGGGUACUUCUUGGACCAGAAGACGCAAACGAUUCCACAGAUUUCGCUUGUCUUGCAUUUUCACUCCUGUAA